AUGUUGUCUCUUUCCGCCGUUCUAAUAGCGCUUCCAGCAAGCUACGGGCUUAUUCUGCUCGCCUGGCAUAUCUUGCGCCAUCUACUCCUCGUCAAACACAUCGGCACGCAAAAUCUUCGUCUCCUCCAGGCCACUCGUAGCCGGCAUGACAAGAUCCCAGGAACAGCAGUUGUUUGUGGUGGCGGAAUAGCAGGACUAUUAACGGCGCGGGUUUGUCAUGCCCAUUUCAAGCGCGUUCUGUUGGUGGAAGCAGAAGCAUGGCUAUCUACGGAAGACGCCCGUCGCGUUGACGGAUGGAAGCACCUCAGAACACCGCGGGCGCGGCUCAUGCAAUGGAACUCCCUUCAUUCGUCGCAAGCAUUCCUAUUUGCUGGACUUGAGAAUCUUUUCCCAAACAUCGAGCAAGAGUGCGAACGGUCUAAAAUCAAAGUCUUGCCUGCGCGGCCCCGAUUCAGUAUCUCUGGCGCUAUUUGGAGACCCCCGCCCAAGAAUGGCUUGUAUAAGACAAUGUACACGGCCCGCCAUUCGCUCGAGACGUUUAUUCGGUCAGCGCUUUCCCGUCUCCUUGUCCAUAUUGACGCGUGGCAUGACAGGCGGCUCGUUCUUGAUCACGACGCGUACCCCGACAUCGAAUUUGCGGCCGGGACGGUCAUCGAUGUUCUUCCAGACGAGGCGGACCCGUCCCGGCUGGGGAAAGCCGUGAUUCGAUUAGACACGGGGAUGGUGCAGGAGGUGCCGGCAGCCUUGAUAGCAGACUGUACCGGCCCCGCACGGGCCGGUGCAAAAUGGCUCGCUCGCCACAGGUACGGCGGGGCUUUGGACAGCCUAAAGCUCUGUUUUGACCAAAAACUGCGCUACUCUUCCAUGAGUUUUACUGCCAGUCCUGAGUUUAUGGACCGAUUGGAGGCCGUGCUGCCCCCGGAUAUGCGAGGCGAUGGGCCGAUUAUAACAUUUAUGGAAGACCUGACGGAGGAGAGCAAAGUGAACGGCAGAGGGUAUUUCAUCAUUUGGCGGAAGGAUGGAAACCAGAUCAUGACGUUUGCUGGGCACACGGGUGAAGUCCGUUUCCAACCAUCGAAUGUCGAAGGGCUGCGCGAGUAUAUGCGGAGCAUGUAUCAGGCUGUUCCAAUCCCGGACUGGCUUUGGCGAGUAUUGGAUUUACUUGAGGAGAUCGAGGACACUGCUCUGGUGUCGCUCCUCAAAGUUCCGGCAACCUCUUACUUGCAAUACUACAAAGCGAGGAAUUUGCCGUCUAACUUCGUCGCGUUGGGUGAUAGUGUGAUGACAAUCAACCCUAUCUUCGGUGAAGGUUGUACCAAGGCGCUUCGUUGCGCGAUGGCACUGCAUACUGAGCUUCUGCGUGCCCAGAGGCAUCCCGGAGGGUCGCUUCCUCCCACCUUUGCGCAGGAGUUCUUCGCGGAGGAGCGGGACAAGACCGAAUGGCUGUGGGACAACACGCGCGUCUUGGACUAUGGUGUGCCUACGACGGAGCCCAUCCCCGGUGAGAGUCUCUCCUCUGGGGCGGGGCUGCGGUGGUAUAUCACAUGGCUGCAGCGCCUCGCGCCGUAUGACGAUCAUGCCGGGCGGGUGAUGUACGAUACCGUCACCGGGUUUUCGUCCCCGAUCGACGCGCUGCAUCCAAAUCUUGUGGCGAAAGUUCUUUGGCGCGGGCUGGUGACUGGUUGA